UUCCGAGAGGAGGCUGAGGACCCCGGAGAGGCCGAGGCGGGUGCUGGGUGCGUGAGUGAGACCCGCCUUGGCCUGGCCCGGCUCGAGUCUCGGAGUAGACAUUUCCCAUGGAUGAGCUGGUGCAUGACUUGGCCUCGGCCUUGGAGCAGACCUCAGAACAAAACAAGCUGGAUGAGCUGUGGGAAGAGAUGGCCCUGAGCCCACGGCAGCAGCGGCGGCAGCUUCGCAAGAGGAGGGGUCGUAAGCGGCGCUCAGACUUCACGCACCAGGCGGAACAUGCCUGCUGCUACAGUGAGGCUUCGGAAUCAAGCUUGGAUGAAGCCAUGAAGGACUGUCGUGAGGUGUUGACUGCCAACUUCAGUGACUCAGAUGACAUGGCUGUGGCCAAACGCCACCCAGCUCUGAGUGCCACCCUAAAGAGCAAGCAGCAUUCUUGGCAUGAGUCGGACUCCUUCACGGAAAAUGGACCCUGCCGACCCCUCAGGCGUCGCCGGAAGGUGAAACGUGUGACCUCAGAGGUAGCUGCUAGCCUCCAGCAGAAACUCAAGGUGUCAGAGUGGAACUAUGAGAGAGGCUAUAGGUUCAAGUCAGCCAAGAAGCAGCGUCUGUCACGCUGGAAGGAGAACGCCCCUUGGACUUCAUCCAGUCAUGGCCUGUGUGAGUCAGUAGAGAACAGGCCCUUCCUCAGUAAAGGCGGGAGGAAGGAGAGGAUGGAGUGUGAAGCGGAUGAACAAAAACAGGGUUCUGAUGAAAACAUGUCUGAAUGUGAAACCAGCAGUGUAUGCAGCAGCAGUGACACUGGCCUCUUCACCAAUGACGAAGGCCGUCAAGGGGAUGAUGAGCAGAGUGAUUGGUUCUAUGAGGGAGAAUGUGUCCCAGGAUUCACCGUCCCCAACCUACUGCCCAAGUGGGGAACAGAUCACCGUUCUGAAGUGGAGCGAAUGGACUCUGGCCUGGAAAAACUCUCCGACUCUACGUUCCUUUUGCCCUCCCGGCCUGCUCAGAGGGGGUUUCAUGCUCGUCUGAACCGCCUUCCAGGAGCUGCUGCCCGCUGUCUCAGAAAGGGACGUAGGAGACUUGUUGGCAAGGAGACCAGCUUGAGCACUCUGGGCAGUGAGAGGAUGGGUCACAUCGUUAAUGAUCCACGUCAAAAAGAAAAGAACAAAGUGCUGGCUUCCGAUUUCCACCACAUUGUGGCCUGUGCACAUGAGUUCAAUCCGUUAUCUCCUUUGUACUCUCUGGAUGUUCUUGCUGAUGCCUCCCACAGAAGAUGCUCACCAGCACACUGCACUGCCAGACAGACAAAUAUACACCUGGGACCACCCUGCUCAAGGGAUAUCAAGAGGAAACGAAAACCAGCAGCAGCUGCAGCCUCUCUUUCCAGCCCUACUUCAGCAGCUUUACCUGUCCACAUGGAUGCAGCAGACUCAUCCCUGCCAGCGACACAGUCCCAGAGGUCCCAGAGCUCUGACUGGACGGGCAGAACCCAGGCAGCAGAGAAAUCCACUGCUGCUGCCCCAGCUAACUUCUUUAAAACACCACAAGAGAAGGGCUCUGGAUACAGCUAGAUGGAAGUGUCUCUACUCGGAGCUGGUUGCAUUUAUGAAAUGUUGGACUUCGAAGUACAUCAGCACUGAACGUCUCAUUUGGCAAUAACCAUCUCAUCAGUGUUGGUGCGUGAUGCUCACCGUCCUCCAGCUGUGUGCCCCACACAUCCCCAGAUCAUGUUUGUGAAUCUGUGUAAAAAGUAACUGGUGAUGUUGGGGCUGCAGCUUUUUUAAAGCAUUCCUGCUAUUGCUGUGAGUACUUAUUACGCACUCAUCUCCUGUCCCAGCACCUGUUGUUAUCUGCUGGGAUGUGUACAGAGCCUUGUGGUUUUGCAGGUGUUGGUCUUUGUUAUGAAGCUGGUCACCACUUGGGCAUAUUGUUUGUUGCAAAGGGUUGAAUAUAACAGGAGAAAGUCCUACUGCGGCUAUGCAGAGGCAAGAAUCUGUCUUUGGCAAGCAUAAGGACAGAAACAAAGGCCAGCUUAGGAUUCCUGGUCAGGAGAGGAGGAGGGGGAACUGCAAGUGCAAACAAGGUUUGAAAUGUGGGACUUGAAUUCUGUAUUAGCAAAACUCCUAUAGGCCUCUCACUGAGGGACUUGCCAGUCAAGAUGUUGUUUCUUAUGAAACAAACGUGAUGCUUGUCCUGUCAGGAAUUGCCAGUGGCUCACUAUCAGCAUGGUCCUUCAGCACUUUUUGUCCUUCCUUGUUUGGAGUGUCUUUAGUCUUGCCCUGUGAAUUGCAGUAUUCUUUCCUUAUUCCUCAUCCUCUCCAUUUAUCCUGCUGGACAAGGGGUUGGCAGAACUAAUUAGACAAAAAUGUGCAGACUGGAGUUAUGAGAGGAAGCUUGGAUCAAGUUGCCCUAAAAUAUCCUCUGAGAAGUCUUCAUUGGGGAGAUGACAGAGAGGAAAUAUUGGAAUACUAUCCAUGGGCAUCCAGCUUCAGAAGCUACCGUAAGCAAUCACGAGGACACUUGAAGUUGAAGUCCAUGUCCCACUGUGUACUAAAAGUUAUAUAGGGUAUUAUCUGAGUUCAAAGCACUCUCUAAAGAUUGAACCACUUCCCCUGUCUCACAUUCUCCCUGUCUUCCUCAAAGGUUAGUGUUCUGAAGUAUACAUAAGUGGGGUUCCCCUCUAUCUCCGGAGUAUGCAUGGAAGGGGUCUCCCUCUAUCACUGAUUGUACUCUGCUCUGUAGUAUAUAUGGGAGGGUGUCCCUGGAUUUCCAGUUGUACUCUGCUCUGUGGUAUAUAUAGGAAGGGUUUAACUUCUCCACCUUUCCUUGCAUCCCUGAUGGCAUUUGCUCUGCAGUAUAUUGGGGAGGGUUCUUUUCUCCCCACAACCCUUUCCCUUUAUCCCUGAUUGCUCUUCAGUUUGCAGUAUUGAUGAGAGGGGGGUCUCUCCUGCUUUCUCUUUUCCUGUAUCCUUGGUUGUACUCUGCUUGUUUCCCUAUGUCUUGAAAGACCUCUCUACAGCUUCACUCUGGGUUACAUAUAUAGAAGAUGUGCCUGGAUAGUGUGUACAAAAGGAACCAUGCCAUGCUUGCUUGACAACCCUAGUUGCCUUGUGAGCUCUUGGGUGUUUUCAAGGUGGCCCUUGUCAUUACAAAACCUACUGGUUGGCUGAGUGGGUGGAGCUCCAGACAGGACCAUCCAUUAAGAGCAAAAAUAAAUUUUCAACAUGGGGUGGAACUUGCACCCCUAGAUGUAGAUGAUGGAUUUGCAUGUUUCCCUUGCUUUGCUCUCUAUGACCUAUAAAUCAAAUGAGUGAGGGGUAGAUUUGAUUAUGAGCAUGUCAGAAAAUGUUUUAAUUGUUUUUAAAUUUUCUUUGUAUUAAAAUUUUAAAAUUAAAUGGCCAGCCAUGAAGACCCAUAACAUAACACAACACACAAAGUAAGUUACAAAAUCAAACAAAACGCUCUCGAACAAUCUAAAUCAUGAAUGAUGAAUAGUUACAUUAGACAAAGUGUCCAUGUCUUAUCCACUAAUACCUAUUUACUCUUGGGGAGAGACCCAAAUUGGAUUUAUGUUUUGUGUCCCAAGGAAAAUCUCAGCUCUGCCCACAUAAAUCCCUCUGAAAAAUCUCAUGCGUCUUUCUUAUACAUAUUGAAAUUCCUUAGAGGGAGAGCCUUGUUACCCUCAUACAGGGGCACAGAGUUUAAAGGCUAGUUUGGAUUAUCUAUGAGCAAUUACAAGGGAUUUGAGGGGAAAGAAAUGUUCAGAUUAAGUGAGUGUCUUUACAUUCUUAUUUUUGUGCUUUGUACAAAACCAAGUCUGUAGCACUUAACAAGUAAUAAUGACAGACUCUGUCAUGAAGAGCCUGUGAUCUAAAACCUGUACAGAGAAGAUGGGACACUGGGAAAACAUAAUUAGGGAAUAACUUGGCUUUUUUUAUUAUUUCACUCCUUGUGGGCAAAGCAGGAGAUAAACUCCAUCCAGCUGCUAAUUUGCUUCUUGGUUAUAGAAGAUGAUGUUUCAAUGGAGAGAUGAAUGGAGAUGUUAGAUACUGUUUGUUUAAUGCAAGGGCAAGCACAGGCACGGGACAUGUAUUAAAAGUGAGGGGCUGUGAGCAUUGGGGAGCUGAGAGUAGGUAAUGUCACUCCUAUUCCCUGCAUUUGUUGAUAAUCCAAUAGUGGGUUGCAGCUAACUGCAGGUUAGCUGUGCAGUUGUCCCAUGGUCCCUUGUUUCAAUUCCAUAAACCUUUCUUUCCAUGAACAGUUGCAUUCAUCAUUUUAAAGCACAAGCCUAAACCAUGUCCCUGGCUUCCUCAUGAAAGAGAAUUAGACCAGUGGCCUGUUGUGGUACUUGUUUGUCUCUUGGAAGAAGCUCAGAUACUUCAGUGAUGAGUACCAUUAGAAGAAUUUAGACAGGCCACCUACCCUAACAAAACACACUCUGAAAGUUGUUCCAGUGGUUAAUUACUGACUGUUAAAAAGAUUACAUGUUAUUUCUAGUUUGAAUUUGUCUAGCUUCAGGUCCAGCCAUUGGAUCGUGUUAUACCUUUCUCUGCAAGA